AUGUCUUAUUAUGGUGGUUUCGACAGAAGGCACAUCUCGCGCAUGAUGCGGACUUCGUCCACGCUCUAUCGCGCAGGCUCAAAGCAUCUCCUCAAAGACGGUGUACUCUUGUCGGAGGAGCGACAACUUCGUUCUUUCUGUCGAUUCAUGCUCGCCGAGAAACAAACUCGUUUCCGCUAUCUGCGCCAACUCACGCUCAUAAUGGACCGCCCCUCUCAAGCUGUCGCGAAGAAAUUUGUCUAUGUCCUCAAGCGCAUGUCGCAUCUGGAGUCGCUCCACUUAUCUGCCGACGAUGAAUUUCUCAAUGGUCACCCCGAUCUCUGCGACGCGAUCUCUGGACUAUCGUCCCUUCGUCGUCUCCACGCGGACGAUGCAGGCAAGCUCGCUUGCGACAUGCUGAAGAGGUCAUGCUCCAAGCUUGUCUCGCUGUAUCUCAACUUCGGCAUGGUACCCUCCUUCCCGGGAGACCGUUAUGGCGAAUUCUUCUACAACACGUUGGAUCCCGAGGAUUUACCCGAUUACCAUCCAGUGUCCGUUCUCGCUGCUUUCGCGCCCACCCUGGAGGAACUUAUCGUGGAGUACGAAGGUAACGUGGGGCUCCCUCAUCAGCCGCAUGCCGUGUAUCCACGAUUGCGGAAGCUCCACCUGAAGGACGAUUAUCCUUUCCUGCGCCCCUACAUCGAUGCAUUCCCCAAUCUCACCCACAUCACGCUUCACACGAGCCAUUGCGAACUAUCAGUCCCUUAUGAAGACCACGAGGAGGUCUUCUGGGAGAUUCGCAGUCGGAACGAAGGGGAUCAGCUCGUCAAUGGGAGCUGGCAACACCUUGAAGAGUAUCGUGGGCCUGUCCUGGAACUAUACCUCCUCGGCUUGACCUGUCCGGUACCACAUUUGUACUUUCCGCGCAUCGCCGACCAAGACUUGGAGUUCCUGCCGGACGUCGUAGACAGUGCGAGGCCUGUCGAACUGCGUAUGAAUAUUCGCGGAGACCCCUUUGGAGACACCGAGGAUGAGCUGCCUGCCGUCCUCCGUCGGCCUGGCUGCUCGUUUCUGAGGAAGCUCGUACUGCGCGUGGAGAUCCCUCCGGAGUACGAAGAAAGCGACAUACAAAUAUCCAUGGACAACCUCUUGCCUUCGCUCCAAAGUCUCGCGUUGCAUCACUUUGAGCUCACUCUGGAGCCUAACCGCUUCCUCAACCCCACGCCUAGACGGGGUCGACCCCGGCUCACUCUUCCCGACGGUUCGCUCGAGCCGCCGAUCACUCCUGCUCCCCUUUUCCCAGUCGAGCACUCACUCGAAGAGUUCAACCCCCUGGACUAUGCGCAGCGGGUCUUCGAGGCUGUUCCAUUCAUGAAGGAGGCAUUGGUCGUGGUUGGGGGCCCCCGCGCGGCCGCUAGACGUGUCACCCGGCUGGAAAGAGGCGAAGGAGAAGCGACUGUUGCGACCAACCAUACAGAGUGCGAGCCUUUCUGCAUUGCCAUCCUUUGGCUGAACAUUUGCUCACGGGCCACGUUUCAGAAUCAUGGAUUAUGCACCGUGGGCAUCUGA